CAGGAAGUCGGUGCAGUGAAGUCCUGCGCGGCGCAAUGGACUCUUUCUUCGGCUGUCAUAACUGAGUGUCAGCGCUGGCAGUGGAAGAACAGAAAUGAAGAUAACUGCGUAACUAGAUUAGAUCACUAUAACAUGAAGACAAUCUUUAGGGGAGAUAUAUAUAAUUAAACGAUGACAAAAUGUGGCGAUUUGGAAAGCAAUCAGGAACAGAAGUGUUAAGGAGAUGCCAGGGGUCACCGAUAGAUGCCUUCAGUACCAGUGCUCUUCAGAAAACCGUUAAUUUAAAGCUCCAAACAGAUGGCAUCUAUGGUAGCUUAAAGGCACGUCUCUACUCAUUUCCAAUCAAGACAACAAGCUCUUAUAAUAAUACAUGGAAAGAACUGAGAACAUCAAUGUAUUAUGCCAUCUCUGGGUUCAACACCAGAGUCUUUUGCACCGGUGAUCCAGUCACAGAUCCCAUUGAGAUCCACAAACAGAAGCUGGCAUUAUGGUUCAGUCACCUUCCUCAAGAGGAGAAGCAGUUUGGUGGCUACUUUUCUCCCGAAACCAUGCAUGUAGAGCCACUUAUUCUAGAGCGUCAUCCAGAUGAGGAUAUAGGCCUUUUGGCAAAUCCCUUCAAGACAAAGGCAUCUACACGUCCUUCUUUCACUGCGGAGCAGCUCUUUGAGCCUGGGCCUAAUGGAAACAAGGCACGAGGACAAAAUGUGUUGCUAUAUGGGGCAGUUGGCACUGGGAAAAGUACUGUUGUCCGUAAAUUGGUGCUGGAUUGGUGUGAUGGAUCUGUAUUGUCCCAGUUUAAACUUGUGUUGCCCUUCUCCUGUGAGGAUCUAUCCAAUUUAUCUAAACCAGCAUCCCUUCGAGACCUUGUGGGUAGGAAAUACAUGCAUCUCCGCAAAACACCUUAUCUUAGUGGAGAUAAUGACAAGGCUAAGGAUGUCCUCUUCAUCCUCAAUGGUAUGGAGAAGAUGAAGCUGGAUUUUCGCAUAGGCUCCACAGAGUUAUGCAGUGAUCCCAAUGAGGUUCUUCCAUCAGCAGCUGUUGUUGUUAAUCUACUUAGGAAAUACCUACUACCUGAGGCCAGCAUUUUGGUAACAACAAGACUGUCUGCCGUUGACAGAGUUCCUAAAAAAUAUAUAAACCGCUAUGUGCAGAUCUGUGGCUUUAAUGAUCCUGAUCGCCAGAGAGCUUACUUCACAUCCAGACUCUUGCUACAGAAUGGAGAGAAGCCAGACAAGGCUGCUGAGACCCUUAUAGAGAUGCUGUACCUAAAUCUACAGCGGGAGAGUCGGUUAGCUACAGCCUGCUUCUUACCAUCUUACUGCUGGCUUACCUGUGCCACUCUUCAUUUACUGCAUUUUACUGAUGCAAAAUCUCCAGUUCGAACUCUCACUGGAAUCUACACAAGCUUCGUGAGGCUCAACUUUGGAGGAGAGGUGAUAAAUGCAGAUGGGGAUGUAGCCUCACAAGAGCAACAGAACUCACUCAUGCUCUAUGUGGUCCGCACUGUCGGAAAGCUGGCUUUUGAUGGCAUCACCAAUAAGCGGUCAUCGUUCUCUGCAGAAGAACUGGAGCAAUGGAUCGGUGGUAAGACCAAGACGGAUGAAGAGCUCCAGCAACUGGCAGUGUUUCGCACAGAUGUUCUUGACUUCUUCCUGGUGCCUUGCAAUGAUAAUGGUACAAAUCUUGAGUCUGGUGAAAUACGCUAUGCAUUUUCUGUCCCUGCCAUGCAGGAAUAUCUGGCUGCUCUUUAUAUUGUUCUUGGUGAGAACAAAAGUGUCCUGGAGAAGUUGACAAAGCAAGUAUCGGAGGUCUUUGGGCAAGCCGGCGAGGACAUUACAAGCUUAAUAAGCAUUCUUUCCAAAGUCAUACCUUUUCGAAUCUUUGCCAUUUUCAACUUGCUUAAGUUGUUCCCAAAACUCUUUGAGAGAGUCAGCAGCCACAGCAAAGGACACAUCGCUAACACCAUGGCAGCAGAAAUGUUUCGUUCCGAGGACAGCUUCAAUGAAGACGUCCUGGACCAGGUGGAACAAAGUCUUCUGGGAGUGCAUGGUCCCCAGCCACAGCAGGAAACUUACACCAGGGCCUUUGAACUCUACCCGAUCUUCAUGGCUGGACUUCUUCAUUAUGGGAACAGGAGGAUGUUAGAUCAACUCGGAUGCAACAUCAAGAGUCAGACGGUUGCUCAGAUCACUCGCGCACUUAGAAAACAUCUGAUCAGAGAGAGCCAUAAGAAGCAGCCACCAGAGGAACUGAUGGACCUACUGGUACUUCUGUAUGAGUUCCAGAACCCUCGACUAACAGCUGAAGUGCUGCAGUCCAUCAAGACCAUCAACCUGUCAAAUGUGCGCAUGACGCCACUCAAAUGCUUUGUGCUGAGCACGGUGCUGGGCUGCACACGCUCAAGCUUCCACCUGGAUGAGCUUAACCUCUCCUCAUGCCACAUCACCCCAGAGUUACUGCAAAUGCUCUGGCCAGCCUUCCAUCACACUCGCAACCUCAAUCUCCAGUUUAACAGCCUUGGUCCUGAUUCCUGCAUUUUUCUGCGAGAUCUGCUACAUGAGCCCAACUGUACAAUUAAGUCAUUACAGUUGUGUGAUAACUACCUGUCAGACACAGGCAUCAGGCAUCUACUGGAUGCUCUGUCUGGUAACCACUCUCUGCAGAAACUGUCUAUGAUGCACACAGGCCUCGGGGACAUUUCAGCAAAGCUGCUGGCUGAGAGACUGGGUCAGCAUGAUGGGUUAAAGGAACUGAAUGUGGCCUACAACAACAUAGGAGACAGUGCAGCUUUUAUACUGGUCGAUGCCUGUCGAGAGCACCCUACCAUCCACACUGUGCAUCUUUACCUGAAUCAGCUUACUGAUGUGGGCAAGCAGUCACUAUAUGCUCGUGGUAAUCCUCGGGUGAAGGAGGGCCGACACGUGAAGGUUCUGACUUCUGUGACCGAGGGCUCGGACAUCUCGGAGGAUUGGCACCCCAUCCUGAAUAUUAUUGGGAAAAACUCCCUUUCCUGGGAGAGAGUGCGUGUACGUGAGCAGCUGCUUGUCUUCCUGAAAGACCUGGAAUGGGGUCGGAAACAGCACCCGAGUUUCUGGAAGAAGCUGCACUUCCGGCGAGUGGAGAGCGUAGUUAGGCAAACCCUGCGUAUACUGGAGAAGAGCAGUGAUACAGGCACAGGAACUGGUAGAAAUUGAUGGGUUUAACGUAGGAGAGGAAUGAAUUGGUCACUCAUUUCUCAAAGGGUGCUCUUUGCCUUAAAGGGAUAGUUCACCCAAAUACGAAAAUACUCUCAUAAUUUACGCACCCUCAUUCCAGCCCGGAUGUGUUUCACUUUCUUUCUUCUGCAGAACACAAAUUAAGAUUUUUAGAAGAAUAUCUCAGCUCUGUAUGUCCAUAAAAUGUAAUUGAAAGGUGGCCAGAACUUUGAAGGUCCAAAAAGCAUAUAAAGGCUACAUAAAAGUAAUCUAUAUGACUCCAGUGAUUAAAUACAUAUCUUCUGAAUAUAUGAUAGGUGUGGGUGUGUAAAAGACACACCCACACCUGGUCCGAUGAAGGUAUUCCAAGAGAAUGGCAAAGGUCUCUUUUGAUCUAUUUCUGAUUCUUCUAAAAAAAACUUUGUUUGUGUUCAGCAAAAGAAUGAAAGUCAUACACAUCUGGGAUGGAACAAGUGUGAGUAAAUUAAGAGACUUUUGUCCCUUUACUGUCCCUUUAAUAUUUCCCAGUGAUCUGCCGUUUGUAACAGUGAAUUUGACCAUUUACGAGUAUAAAUCCAUUAUGCACUGUGUGUCAACUGUGUAUACAGCAUAUUUGUGCUCUACUUUUGCAUUAGAUUAUUUUAAAACCACUGUGACAUAUGCAGUUUAUUUCAUUGUUUGAGGGAAAGAUCAAUAUUUGGAACUCCAAAAUAUAUUGUAUUACUACUUGAAAACUGCUGCUUUUUGCUCAUUGUCACAUGUGUGGCCAUUUGCGGCCAUUUGCAGCCAUUUCCUAUGUAUGUGUGUUCAGGGAAAAACUAGGGUGCUUUUGGUAUCAUUUAAGUUAAGAUAUGGUCCAAAACUUCACACAGUUGGACUUAUGUGUACAUGGUCAGCAUCGUCAAACAAUGCUUCAAGGUCAAUUGGUAUUUAAACAAGAGGCUUGUGACUAAUGUUUCAUGAUAUACUUCUGCAAUAGUAACAUAUCAUACUGUUUAUUUAUCUGAUUUGUGAUUAGAAGAAAAUGUUUAUUAUGAUCUUGCAUAUUGCCAAUGAAAUGUGCUGUACAGUCACAGCAAAAAUUUAAAAUAAAUGUUCUAUUUAGUCACAUUUAGUAAAAAAAAUUUUACUGACUCAACAAACAUAUCAAAGGAGAUUUUAGCCAGUAUUUUACCUGUGGUCUUAAUUACAAUUAAUUGGCCAUGUUUAUGUCUUCAGAUCUGAUGAUGGCAGGCUUUGGUAGAGGUUUUGUCUCAUAUACCAGAGAUUAAAUAUUAAUUUCUAGUGUUAUUGUGGUGGAAAAAGGAGAAGUCAUACUGACAAAAUCAUUUAAUGCUUCAUUUAAAUGUACACCCUAACGAAGCCCAGGGCUCAGCCUGCAGGAUCAUGAGAUUCAACACAGGUAAUUUACCACUGUAUAUAUACGUACCAUUGUUCUUCAUUGCAGUGAUUGAUCCUAUAAUGUAAAGGU